AACCGGUAUAACAAAUAUUAAUUAAAGUUUUAUUAAUAAACUAGAAGCAGGCGAAUAAAAAGGCGAUGCUCUUGACUGUUCGAUAAGCUUAGCUUAAUAAACCAUUGUUAUUACAAUAAGGAAUUGACAAUUGACGAUUGUUGCUGCAUUUCGGUGCAUUUUGGUGAAACUAUAACAAUGGACAUUUUUGCGAAGCUUCACCACUCACCUGAUCCCAGAGUGAAAAACUGGUUUAUGAUGGAAAAUCCCUUCCCAACUUUAGGAAUAAUUGGAGUAUACCUAUUAUUAGUCCUGCAAAUCCUGCCAAACUUUAUGAAAAAUAGGAAACCCUUCGAACUAACGAAGAUAAUUAGAUUAUAUAAUAUAUUUCAAGUAGUGGCCUGUAUUGGUAUAAUGUACAGUAUCCUGACGUCAGGCUGGAUUCAAGGAGAAUAUAAUAUUGGUUGUUCUCCAAUUGAUUACUCCAACAAACCAAAUCCCGUCAAACUCCUGGGUGCAUUCUACUGGCUCUAUUUGUUAAAAGGUGUAGAACUGAUCGAGACUAUAUUCUUCGCUCUACGAAAGAAAAACAACCAGAUAACAGGCCUCCACAUCUACCACCAUGGAUCUACGUUCUUUUUGGCAUGGAUUGGGUGCAAAUUCAUUGGAGGUGGUAUGGCUUCUAUUCCUCCCUUCGUUAACUCAUUCAUACAUGUACUAAUGUACACAUAUUACUACUUGUCUUCUUUGGGACCUGAAUGGCAAAAGAAGCUGCAACCAUGGAAACCAAGGCUUACUAUGUUGCAAAUGAUACAAUUCACUCUCCUCAUAAUUCACUCUCUGACGGCGCUUCAAACUGACUGCAAGGUACCCAAACAAUUCCUUUUGAUCUACAUCCCGAACGUGGUUGUCAUUUUUAAGAUGUUCUAUGAUUUCUACACGACUAGCUACACACCAUCCAAGAAACAGCAAAUCAACGGCUUACACUCAAAAGUGAAGAAACACACGUAAUGACUAGCAGAUAUCUUGGUAUUAAUCAAUAUUAGUUAGAAAUAAAGGGUGUCCCAAAAUUACGUAAAAAGCAAUUGUAAAUAAUUAUUUUUAUUGAUUGGAAAUUUGUAUUGAGUCAGUCUUUAUUAAAGUUUUACCUGAAGUCAAUUGAGAUAGAAAUUAAGAGUCUAUAUUAUGAUAUUACUUCCUCGGGCAGUUCAAUUAUUAUUUGUUGGGUUGGAGGACAUUCUGGAAUAUUAGGAAAUGAAGAAGUCGCCAAAUUAGCUAAAGCUGCAGCUUUAACCAAUCGAAACAUAAACAACAUACUUCUACCAGUAACCGAUAUAGAUAAUAUCAGUAAAAACCAUUGCAAACAAAAUUCGCAACGUGUAUAUAACCAAAGUACAACGGGAAUAAAUUUUAAAAAUUGCCAACCACUAAUUCCCAAUGAGAGAUGGUUUAAAUAUGAAUCGAAUAGGUUAUUUAUAAAAACAAUAAACAGAAUGAGAUCAAAUCACGCACUAACCACAGCAUACAAACACAGCAUAGGUAUCAGUGAUAACCCAUAUUGCGCCUGUGGUAGAAUUGGAGAUCUACAGCACCUCAUACUGGAGUGUGGGCAGUACAGACAAAAUAUUAAAGUAAUGUAUGAAAAAUUAAUUGAUCUAAAUUGUCCUUUACCUGUCAAUUUAAACGAAAUUAUUUUUCCAAAAAAUAAGCAGACGUUAAAAUGUCUUUACGAAUAUGUAACGUCCUGUAAAUUUAAAUUUUAAAGAGGCUUAGAUAAUAAAAUUAAAAAUUGUAAACAUAUCACACAAAAUUGAAAAAUGUAUCCAUUAAUAUAUUAUAACACCUUGUAAAUUUAGAUUAUAAGUAGGCUUAUAUAUUAAAUUAAAAAUUAUUAUUGUAAUACCAUACAAAAAAACAAAUAGUCUGGCUAGUUGGCUAAGCCAAAGUCAUUAUAAAAUAAAAAAAAGCUGAAGUCAGAUGUCUACUUCUUAAACACGAAAAAACAAAAAACCAAUCAUUGCGUACAUGUAUUGCUAUCCUACGAGGUGAUCCUUGAAACAGAAGGCAGGGUCGUUAGAUGAACUUGCAAUCUCGUUACGAGUUGCAGAAGAAUGAUCAUUGGGAUUAUCAAAAUGAAGAGUAGUAUGAUGUUUUUUGUUACAGCGUGUACAUCUUCUGGAUGAAAACCAUUAAUUUGACCUUGAUCCUGAUUUUCUAGUGGUUUCCGUUUUGGUUGAACCACUGAUUGGCUCUUUUUGACAACACAACGGCUUACACCUAGCAGCUGGGCUGCAUAAUAUUGGCUACGACUAUCAUGCCACUAAAACCACGGCUCUUGUAGAAUCUGUUGGUGUUCACGUCAUUUGAAUACAAUUAAAAAUUUUGAACUCAAAACGUUUUAAUGCCAAAUUGCUCUGGUUGUUGAAAUCAGUAAAUCUACUAUAACAAAUUAAUUUGCUGCCCCUUCUUUAACUAAAUUUUUUCCAAAAACAUAAAUUACCAUUGUUUAUAAGAAAUACCAUAAAAGAAUUAAAAAUACUGUAUAGAAAUUAAUAAUUGUAUAUACUUAUGCAAGGGUUUCUCUAUAUUUAUAUAAUAUGCCAUACAACACGUCGUAAGUUUUAAAAUUCACAAUAAAUGGGUAACAUGUCAUGGAUCGAACUUCUUUUGCACUUGAGUGUAUAAUAAUCUUAUGUGCAUUUUGGGACACUCAUUUAAAUAAAAAUAAAUAUGUUGAUAUUUGUCUAAAUUUCGAUUAGCCAUUUUAAAAUUAUACAGUGUGUAAGAUUCAAAAACUUUAAAUUAAGUACGAUCAUCCUCUCAUCUAUGUGUGAUAAAAUAAAAACUUUUGUACAGUUCCUCUACAUCAGGCUUACCGUCUGCCUCAAGUGAUAAGUGCAAUGCUGAUGGCAUGUUGAUAGUCUAAGAGCUAGUGAACCCUCCGACGAACGGUCGUCCUGUAAGGCUAGAAAUUUGUCUAGUGAUAAUUAUAGCACACCAAGGCUAAAAACCAUGACCUGGCAGGCCUUUGCGGUGCACGUGUAUCUACCAGGUGAAUCGAAAAGUGCAAAUUUAGGGGGUAAAAUAAACUUUCUCCUGUAAGGUUUAAAUUUAAGUAUGUGUUUGAGUAAGUCAUUCAGAAGAAAUGUGUACAAUGACAGGCGAUUCUGAAGAGCAUAAGACCUUGCCAGGCGAGGGGAAAGAUUAGGGGUUUUUCCUAAAAUUAUUCUUUUUGCAUCGAACAAUUUUUUUUAUGUUUUUUGAAACAUUCCAAACAGAAAACGUCUUUAGUGAUUUUUCUCGUAAGUUAAUAGUUUUUGUUAUAUAAGCGAUUGAAAAUUUUGAAAAUUGCGAAAUCGGCCAUUUUUAACCCUAAAUCGGACGUUUAUCUAAAAAUUUCAAUGUUGCCAAGAUACGUAGAUAUUCUUUAAAUAUUGAUUGAUGAAAUCCCGAAGAGUUUUUUGCAAUAAAAUAUCGAAAACCCCUUUGUUUUUUUAAUUGCUAAUCAAGCAGGUGCGACACUGUAGUAUAAGUGAGGACGUUUGAGUUUGCAUAAAUUCAUUAUCUCGAGAAUGGGCAAAUUUCAAGAGAAAUCCUGACAGGUCGAUUUUUAUUUUUAAAUUAGGACUUUUUGGUAUAUAUAUAAUACUAGUGACGUCAUCCAUCUGAGCGUGAUGACGUAAUCGAUGAUUUUUUUAAAUGAGACUAGGGGUUGUGUGAUAGCUCACUUGAAAGGUUAUUGAAUUUUCUAUUCACUAAUAUAAACAUUGACAUAAUUAUUUAUACAGGGUGUACAAAAACUUUUUUUAUUAAAUUAACUUUGAUUAAAUUUGACAAAUAGAAGAAACAUUUUUUUGUACACCCUGUAUAAAUAAUUAUGUUAAUGUUUAUAUUACUGAAUAGAGAAUUAAAUAACCUUUCAAAUGAGCUAUCACACAACCCCUACUCUUAUUUAAAAAAAUCAUCGAUUACGUCAUCACGCCCAUAUGGAUGACGUCACUAGUAUUAUAUAUAUGCCAAAAAGUCCUAAUUCAAAAAUAAAAAUCGACCUGUCUGAGGAUUUCUCUUGAAAUUUGCCCAUUCUCGAGAUAAUGAAUUUAUGCAAACUCAAACGUCCUCACUUAUACUACAGUGUCGCACACGCUUGAUUAGCAAUUAAAAAAACAAAGGGGUUUUCGAUAUUUUAUUGCAAAAAACUCUUCUAGAUUUCAUCAAUCAAUGUUUAAAGAAUAUGUACGUACCUUGGUAACAUUGAAAUUUUUAGAUAAAUGUCCGAUUUAGGGUUAAAAAUGGCCGAUUUCGCAAUUUUCAAAAUUUUCAAUCGCUCAUAUAACAAAAACUAUUAACUUAAGAGAAAAAUCACUAAAGACGUUUUCUGUUUGAAAUGAUUCAAAAAACCAAAAAAAAAAAUUGUUCGAUGCCAAAAGAAUACUUUUAGGAAAAACCCCUAAUCUUUCCCCUCGCCUGGCAAGGUCUUAUGCUCUUCAGAAUCGCCUGUCAUUGUACACAUUUCUUCUAAAUGACUUACUCAAACACAUACUUAAAUUUAAACCGUACAGGAGAAAGUUUAUUUUACCCCCUAAAUUUGCACUUUUCGAUUCACCUGGUAGAUACACGUGCACCGCUGAGGCCUGCUAGGUCAUGGUUUUUAGCCUUGGUGUGCUAUGAAUUAUCACUAGAAAAAUUUUUAGCCUUACAGGACGACCGUUAGUCGGAGGGUUCACUAGCUCUUAGACUAUGACAAUUUCAACGAAUGACCAAUUACGAGUAGCACAAGUCGACAGAAUAUCUGAAACCGCCAAGGUCACACCGAUCGUUACGCGACGUUGUCAGAUCAAUCGGGUUUCAAAGGUUUUCCGAUUUUUUACUUGUUACUCAUUUCGUAGUAAAAUUUCCCUUAUACUUUCUCCUGCGUAAAUUUUAAAACAUUGUGUAUAAUUUCACGGGAAUGUGCACUUAUUUUCACGGUACUUGUAAUAUUCAUGUUUAUUAAAAAAAAAAUAAAAUGUAAUCUAAAUAAACAACUAUUCGACGAUUUUAUAUGCCAAUGUCGCAAAACCACUGAUUUCGUGCACAAUGCAUUUUAAAUGGAUAUUUACUCUUUGCAUUAACGCCUUUAACUGAAGUCCCUUCUCCUUGAUUUGCUACCUGAGUGAUCUUCGCGGCUUCAGAUAUUUAUGUAACAUUGUACUUGGAAAACUUUGGGAAUGAAUUGCUCAUUUCAAUAAUAUUCUAGAUAGCUCUCAUGGUCCACGAUAUCUACUGUGUGGUUUUAGUAGACAAAAAUGGACAGAUUAGUACUAGAAAAUUGACGCUGAUGGUCCGUGAUGACCACUGUGUGGAUAUUAGUGGACAAACAUGGGUAGAUCAGCACUAGCAAAUUGAGGCGAUCAGUAAAGUGAGCCAGUAUGGAGAGUAACUAUGACGUUGAUAAGUUAUACAUCUUAGAAUAAAACUUUAUUUUUAAGUUUUGUAAUAAUACAAAAAUAAAAAUUAAGACACAAA